GUGAGUCAUCCCAAUCAAGCCCAGUUGACCGUCCUUCUCAGUCUCUCCUCUGUUGACCACACUUCCCAUUCUCUGACUUUUUCCUCUUGACCGUCAAGUUCGAUCAGAAAAACAAGCAGAAUGUAAACUGCACCCAUCUAACAACUCAAGAAGAAUGCAACAGCCAUCCACAAACAACCAUCAUCAGACUAAUAAUCUCCCCAACCAAUCUCAAGCUCAACCCAUCUCAUCAAUCGAUCUCCAUCAAAACAACCUCAAGCCUCAUCGCCCUAACGAUCAGAUGUUCGUCUCCCUCGACCGACCCCCUCUCAACCUACACCAAUCAGCUGGCCCAUUCAGUAGUCCACUCAGCUCUCCUCUGCCUGACCUACGUACAACCGAUCAUGACCCACCGAGCACCUUCUCCCCCAGAGGAUCGAUCUCACUAGAUCCCACUCAUCAUCCAAACCUCAACCUCAGAUCCUUCAACAACAACAACAACAACAACAACCGUCAAACUACCACCAACAACAAUCCUCCAGCACUACAAUCUGCCUCACUCCCAUUCCCAAAACGAACUCAUCCGGUCACCAACAUCUGGGCUCAAGCUAUCGACACUCCCACUUCGACUUCCUCCUGUUCAGGCUCUGAUUUCGAACUCAACUCUCCCUUACUCAGUCAUCCUUCCAUGAUCAACCGAAGAUUCAGUCACCUCAGCACAACCCAACCCCACCACCCUCAAUCCCCCAUCGGCUCACCCGCUAGCAUUGCCGAUCCCAUCGGACCCAUCUCACUCAGUACGGACCGAUACCGCGGUAGCCUAACCCCAACCAGUCCACUCAGCACCAGCUUCGGCCCCAACUCACUGCCUUCAAACUUCUAUCAACCCUGGUAUGAUUCUAGUCUAUCGGCAGAUGGCCUACUCGCUCAAGACGAACGGAUCGGGAGAUCCAAGGCUCGCGAUAUCCUCGGUACCCGUCAAGCCGGCUCGUACAGAGAUCCUAGCGUGGGUAGCAUCGGAAGCCCCUGUAGCUCUAGUGCUCGGAGUGGCAUCGGUCUCAGCAACAUGAGUCCCUUCACUGGUACCUCCCUCCUCCCCCCAGGUGGGCCAGUCUCAUUCGGGGGCUCGCUGACCACCCACAACCUCGACCUCGGAUAUCGAACCAACCGGGCUCGUGAUAGCAGUCUGGGCGCCAUCGGAUCUGGAAGGAUGACCUCGAGGAGCUCGGUACCAUCUGCUUCAAGUGGGCCUAUCGGUUCUGGCUUAGGCUUGGCGAGUAGCGGCAGUCGAAUGCUCAACAAAGGAUCCGACUUUGGCUUUGUGGGCUCGGUGGGUACCGACAGCUGGUUGACGGGAGGUCGAAGCCUGAGUAACGAUUUGGAUGAAGAUGAUGAAUUUGCUCCACCUACCAAGUCGGGCGCCACCAGUCGUCGUCACAGUGUUUCUGCCUUCAUCGGGGGCAGAAGCUCCGUCCAAGGUUUCGAGCCUGUUUCCACUCGCACACAUAAUAAUACCUCAUCUCUCCUUAACGAUAAAAAGAACCACCGAGUUCCAAUGGAAAGCGUUCACAGUUCAUCUGGUAUACCCCUCGGUUCGAUCGAUAACCCCAACAAGAACGAUCAUCAGCCUCAAUACGAGAUAUUUGGACCGAGUAGCACGGCCUUGACUGAUGAAGACCUUUGCUUCACCGCCGACUUUAACUCGCUCAACCUUGACCUAGAAACACAAACCAGUCGGGAACCCAGCGAUCGUCUCAGCUUUCAAUUUAGUAACCACUAUCAAAAUAACAACCAUCAAUCUGCCCAACAAUCACCCUUUCAGCCCAAACCGAAUCAUCCCGCAGAGAACAACCAUGAUCGCUCAGCAAUCCCUCCCCUCAACAAUAUGCCUUGGUCGGCCGUCUCCCCAGCAACAACCACUACACAAGGACCGGCACCUGGUUCGAAUGUUAACCCGUUCGGCGGGCCUGGGAAUUUUGCCCGUAAGUCUUCAUUCAGCGCUGGCGACCCGUUCAGUGCAUCCGCGCAAGCUUCGCGGUACUUUGCUUCUCAAGCCGGAAAUUCGAUGGGUACUGUUCAGGAUGCACAACCACCUCCCGGAUCACGCUUCCCGUUUAGCCACUCAGGAUCGGCCCUCCAGCCACUAGGUUCACUCAGUAGUCCGGCAGUCACCACAUUCAGUGCUAGUGGUCUUCUCUCUGCCCCUUCGCCUCACUCCCGCCAGAUCAUCAAUGGCGACAGCAAUUCUAAGCAAGCCGGGCCGUUGGGAUACGCCUUCGAUCCAUCCUCAGGUCCUUCCUACUACUCCGCCUCCGCAGCGUCUCAUCCUCAUAUGUGUUCAAGUCCUCUAUCGCCCAUGUUCCAGAUUCAAUCGGGAAUAUCCGGGCCUUCCCCUCAAUCGCUGAACUCACAGUUCAACAACCAAAUGAUCUCCUCUCCCAGGUCAUCUACCACGCCUGGCCCGGGACCAAAUGAGCUAAGUGAGCUUGGUAAGGGGGUGCCGCUGCACCAAAUCCCACGAGACUGUCGAUUGUAUAUCGUCGAGUUCAAGGGCGGACGGACGGAUCUGUUCUAUCUCUCAUUGGAUCCCAGUGAGGCGGUUGAGAGUGUCCAGAAAGGCGACCUGGUGAUUGUCGAGGCGGACCGGGGCAAAGAUCUCGGCAAGGUAGUCCAUGACCAGAUCUCGAUCGACGAGGUCAAUAAAUUCCAGAACCAUCAGCUCGAACUCAUGCUCAACCAGGUCAACAAUCCUGCCGCUUCUUCUCCCGUAGCCAUCCAUUCAGCCAUCCCUACUAAUGGCCUUUCAGGCUCUAUCGCUCCUGGUCCUCCGCCGCCUGCCAAUGGCGAUCUGAAUCCGCAAGCUCAACCUAAUCCGGCCAACUUGACAAGACUGACAAAAGAGAUCCAUCCGAAGAGGAUAUAUGGGAAAGCGAGUGCAAGCGACGUGCAAUCGUUACAUCAAAAGAUGGAGGAAGAACGGAAGGCGUUGAGUUUAUGUCGCUCGAAGGCGCUUCAAAGAGGGCUCAAGAUGGAGAUCACGUCGGCCGAAUGGCAGUGGGAUCGGCGCAAACUGACCUUCUUCUUCAUCGCUGAUAAGCGGAUCGAUUUCAGGGAUCUCGUCAAGGAUCUCUUCCGGACUUGGAAGACUCGGAUCUGGAUGUGUUCGGUUAACCCUUAGACUCCAUCUCUCUCAUUCAUACAUUUCUUUCCUUUGAUCUCACUGUGUCGCAUAAAAUAUACAUCACUAUAACAUAUCCCCCAUAUACACAUAUACACAUUAUUCCUUUCCACUUCCUUCCGGUUCUCUCUGUCUCUUUCUCUGAACAGCAUCUCCCUCGUAUAGCAAUUUACUCCCACACAUACACAUAUACACAUAUAUCUUUCCUACUCUCUCUCUCUCUUUCUCUCUUAUACAUAUAAAGGACGAUUGAUAUCUGCGCUUUUUUUUGGCUCUUCUCUGCCCCCCUCUCUUUUUUGUUUCAGAUACAAUUGUCUGUGUGCAUGUUUUCUAUUAAAUAAAAAAGAACUUGUAUUUGUUUUCUUUUUUCUUCUUUGUUCUCUUAGUUUAGUUUAGUUUAGGUUUAAGACAUGUAUAUGUACAUAUAAUAAAGAUAUGUAUACUCAGUUUUUUUUUUCUUUCUUU